AUGCCGCCGAAAUUAUCAAAAGUUGCUAAUAAACACAACGGAGUUAAAGGCGUCGAAGCCUUAGAAAAUAGGCACGAGAAGAUAAAACGAGAACUUCGUGAUAAUUUGUCUGAUGCCAAUGGUCGAUUAACCAAAUCUGAAUCUGCAAUCGUUGAAUUGAAAAAAAUCAUAACACAAAAAGACGAGGAAAUUGCUGAACUGAAGUUGACAUUGAUGAAUAAAAGAGAUAUAGAAAAUCAACUGAAAAAUGCGCAGAAAGCUCUGGAGUCCAUUCAACGAUCAUCAGAAUUCGUUUCGAAUCAAGUUGCGAAUCUUCAUCGCGAAAACAAUAAUCUGAAAGAUAAAAUCAAUUUCUUGAAUAAUAACAUUCUGUUAGCUGAAAGAAACAAGGAAGAAUCGAUCAGAGACGCUGUUCUGGCAAGAAAUUCUGAAAACAUUCACAGAAAGAAGGCAUUGGAUAUGAAUAAUCAACUGAACAGUCUGAAACUUCAAUCUCCUAGUGGUGGAACGAAGCUGAAAAAAUACGGGGAUAUUCGGAAAACCGAUACCAAAAUUUCCCGAGUUAAACGAUGUCUUGAGUUUCUGAAGAAAGAUGUAGGCGAGGACGACUUCGAUGCAUUCAUCACUGAUUUCUGUCAUUAUAUCGCAAAGGAUCCAUCUUUUUCAUACAAGAAUUGCUUAUCAGACAUGGAUUCGUUCCUGGCAGUUGUCAAAUUCAAGUUCUCGGAUACCGUUCUGAAAGAUCUGAAAAAAAAAUUCAUUGGUAGAAGUUGUGAAGAAGACAAAGAAUUCUGGGAAGAAAAAAAUCGAUAUGUCAUCAUGUUGUCAAUCUGA